AGGGUUGCAACUGGGACGAGCAAGAAGCAGCUCACUUCGCAGCGGUAUGUAUUAUCUUUUGCAUUCUUUAACGUUGUGCUAACGACUCAAUUAGACACCAAAACUCUCUGCAUCGAGAUUUGA